CAUCCCGCGCUGGCGGUUCAUUUGUGCCUCUCCUAGCAGCCUGCCUUUUCCAGAAUGAUACAGAUCUUGGACCCAAGACCUUUGCCAAGCUCCAUCAUGCCUGUGGACGUGGCCAUGAGAAUUUGCUUAGCACAUUCUCCACCACUGAAGAGUUUUCUCAGUCCCCUUGAGGACUGCCAAAGAAACAACUUUGUGAACAGAUUGAAACCCCUCAGACCAUGUCUUCACGUGAAACGUGACCCUGAAUCUCAGAAGAGUGACUGGAACCACUCGGCAGCCCGAGCCAAGAAGCGAGUUGUGUUUGCAGACUCGAAAGGGCUGUCCCUGACGGCGAUACACACCUUCUCCGAGGUCCAGGAGCACCCUGGGUGGGAUCUUCAGUUUGACCUCUUAGGCAUUGAAAAUAUAACAUCUGGCUUAAAGCUACAUGAGGAAGAAAACUUGAUCCUGGGUUUCCCUCGGCCCUCAGCUGACUACCUGGACUUCAGGAACCGCCUGCAGAAGAACUUGGUCUGCCUGGAGAACUGCACCCUGCAAGAGAAGGUGCUGUCGGGCACUGUGAAAGUAAAAAACGUGAGCUUUGAAAAGAAAGUUCAGGUUCGAAUUACCUUCGAUACCUGGAAGGCCUACACAGACAUUGAGUGUGUGUACAUGAACAAUGUUUACAGUGAUUCCGAAAAUGAUACCUUCUCAUUUACCAUUGACUUGCCUCCUGCCAUUUCCUCUGAAGACAGGAUAGAGUUUUGCAUUUCUUACCAAAGUGGAGGUCAUACGUUCUGGGACAAUAACGAGGGUCAGAAUUACAAGAUUCUCCGUGCAGAGUGGAAGCCUGAUGGUGUUCAGAUACCAUCUGCCAACAAAGACUGUGUAGAUCCUCAGACUCCAAGGAAAGGACAAGAGAGAGUGCCUGAUCAACUUGGUAGUCCAAGGCUGUCAAGGGGUCUCUUCCCCCAGUGGCAGAGCUUGGGUCAGUUUGAAAAUUCAUCACCAUAUUGGUGA